UAGCCAACUGUAAAAAUUACCGUGUAACUUCGUCUCCUUAUGGCAGCAUAGGUGUCUUGUCUGUAGUAUUUUAGUCGAUAAAAGGAACAGCGAUGCCGAAGAAGAAAGUUGCCAAAGUAAAGAGGGCGAAAACCGGGAAAGGAAAAAAAGACGGCAAACAGGAGUCAAAAGCGGACAAAGAGUCAGACAUCGAGAGGGCCAAGGCCAACGCUGCCCUGUGGGAGCUGAGGUUACAGGUCACGGACCAGUCGCUCGUGCAGUACCGGGAGUCUUGCCGCAAGUUGGCGCGCGUGAACGAGGAGCUCACCAAUCAACUGUACCGCGCGGAGAAGGACACCAUCGAUGUCACUGGAUUUUUGAAGAGACAGGCUACAGCCAAAGAGGAAAAGAUCAAUAUACUGCAGAAAACCCUCAAAGGCCAAGAGGCACUUGCGCGUGAGGAGCAAAACAAACUGGUUGAAGAUUACACACUUCAAAUCAUCGAGAUGAAAGAACUGUUCAGAAAGAAAUCCAGUGACUUUAACACGAUCCAGGAUGGUAUGAGGAAAAUUGAGGAGUUUCAGAAGAGGAAAGCCAGGAUGGAACAGGAGCUCAAUGAUAUGAGAGAAAGCAUGGAUAUUGCUGAAAAGGAACACAGGGAAAACUUAAACAAAAUGGAAGGCAAAUUCUUCAAAGAAAAGGCUCGCCUGGAGAAAGAAGCCGCGCGAAAGAUAGCCCUGGUGGUGGACAGGGCCCACAAUGAAGCCAUUGUGCAGUUGGACGAUGCCUCGCGCUCUGUGUUUAAGGAGAACGUCCGUCUCAAUGAAGCACUGAAAUAUCACGUAAAGGAGGCAGAGGACCUGCAGAAAUUGUCAAACUCACUGGCAAAGCAAAAUGCCUCGCUGGCACUGGACAAGAACACCUUUGAGUCGAUGGUAAAGAAGAAUGCAGCUCAGAUGGAGGCCCAAAAAAGACAGCUAUCAAAACUUAGAGCCAAGGUAGUUUCCCUGGAGCAGGCCCUGGAGCAAAAGACUGCAGAACCUGAGCGAGAGGAAAAGAAAGAGAAGGAGAAGAUCUUGGUCAGAACACAGGCCAGCCAGGUAGAGUUAGAGAAGCUUCAGAAGGUGCUCACCAUGCGAGAAAGAGAAUUAGGGCACAUCAAGCGGCUAGCGAGCACCGUUGUGGAGCAGCGCACAGAGCUGGAGCAGUUCUUCCACGAGUCACUGGCUCAGGUGAAGCAGGAGGUCAUGGCUAGCAGGCUGCAAUACAAAAAGGAGGCUCUGCAGGCUUAUCGCUGGAGGUUGAAAGAAGCCACAGCAGGAAAGCUGAAGUUCCCACCCAUCCGCACCUUCCAUGAAAGCCCCCACAGUACCAACUCUGUCUAUUCAGACAUGGAGGCAGCUGCAACGUGGACACAUCAACCAGGCAGCAAAGUUGAAAUCUCAGAUCUUACUUGGGAGCAGAGGGAACAAGUGCUCAGGCUUCUGUUUGCUAAAAUGAAUGGACAGAAGGAAAGGAAAGUCAGCCACCAUCUGGCCUUGUCUGCCUCCUCUGAGAAGAAGAGCUUUAUUGACAGCGAUGCUGCCGGAAUUAGAGAGGAGCUCUGCCCGGCGACCUUCAUCACCCAGGCGCCUGAGUCCGUUCUGCCCUCGAACCCAAACAGCCUGCCGGAUAUACACACCACAUGACCUCUGUGUGGCCUCUACAUCACUCAUCACACUCUGGAUUGUUUGCCUCUGCUCUGUGCACUUCCCACAGAGUGUCAAUCAUGUGUAUAGCAGAAUACAAGAUGUUUGUUUGUGCUCAUUAUAAAUAUCUUACCAUGCAUGUAUCUAUGGCUUGUGAGUUCUCUCUUUCAUAUAUGAAGCUUAUUUCAAUUCUGUCAAA